AUGGAUGGAGGAGUUGGACAAGAUAGUGGUGCAGGCAUGGAGAUGUUUAUAACAAAUUAUAAAUUGGGAAAAACACUUGCCUUUGUAUCCAUGUUGGGCAAGAAGAAAAUUGCAGAACAUGUGUUCACUGGGAAGAAGGUUAUCAUCCACAUCCUUAAACGUGGCAAGAUAAAGAACAUGGAAAUGGAAGAACAAGAAAUUGAAAUUUUAAGAUUGCUCAACCAUCCUCGCAUUAUAAAACUUUACGAGGUCAUAGAAACUCCAACUCACAUAUGUGUUGUUAUGGAGCAUGCAUCUACAGAGCUUUUUGAUUACAUAAUAGAGAGGGGUAGGGUAGAAGAAGAUCAAGCUCGAAAUUUUUUUCAGCAGAUAAUUUCUGGAGUGGAGCAUUGUCACAGCAACAUGGUGGUUCAUAGAGAUUUGAGACCUGAAAACAUACUUCUGGACAUCAAAGUCGGUGUCAAGAUUUCUGGAUUUGGCUUGAGCAACAUCAUGCAUGCUGGUCACUUUCUGAACACAAGUUAUGGAAGCUCUAACUAUGUAGCUCCUGAGGUUAUAUGUGGAAAACUGUGUAUUGGACCUGAAGUUGAUGUAUGGAGUUGUGGUGUAGUUUUAUAUUUUCUUCUCUGUGGAGUUCUACCUUUUGAUGAUGAAAAUAUUCCAAAUCUCUUCAACAAAAUAAAGGGAGGGGUUUUCAGUUUUCCAUGUUACCUAUCUGAUGGAGCUAGAGACUUGAUAUCAAAGAUGCUUAAUAGUGCUCCUAAGGUUUGGCCGCAGAAUGGAUCAAUGAGGCACAUAGGGUUGCUUUUAUGCUGGGUGUCUGGUGCUUCUUUUGGUAAUUGUGGAACACAAUGCCAGUUGUUUGAAAUGGUGGAAUUGAUUAUAUGUCCACCUCAGGACUUCUACAGGAAAGUAUUUUACAGGUCAAUAUUGGAGCUUGAGACCCUCAUUAGCUGGGUGUGGGACAUGAAGCUCCUAUUUAAAGCUGAUGCUCUAUUCCCUAACAUCCUGGGUUUCAAAAGUGCACUUUCCUCUAUGUUAACUCGUAUCAUUAUAGGGAAUCAAUUUGAAGUAGAUGCUCUACUUCGUUCAGUGAGGUGUCUGCAUUUUGUCACCUGUUGUCAGAAGGAGUUUCGACCCCGUAGCACCUUAAGGGUGUCCUUCACCUUUGGGAAUUCAAAUCCGUGUGCAUUUGGCUCCAUCAUUGGUGGGAUCUGGCAGAUGCAUGCGAUGCAGCCUUACCCUCCCACAGUGCUGUGGUUGCCUCUUAAAUUGGCUGCCAUUGUGCUGCUUUUGUGGCAGAAACUGCAUGGAUUGUGGCAGGAUAGAGUGUGUCAAGAUUUAGAAAUGGAUGGACCAGCUGGUCGAGGUGGUGCUGGCCUGGACAUGUUUCUACCAAAUUAUAAAAUGGGAAAAACUCUUGGGAUUGGAUCUUUUGGCAAGGUGAAAAUUGCAGAACAUGUAUUGACUGGUCAUAAGGUUGCGAUCAAGAUCCUUAAUCGACGCAAGAUAAAGAGCAUGGAAAUGGAAGAAAAAGUGAGACGAGAAAUUAAAAUUUUAAGAUUAUUCAUGCAUCCUCACAUUAUACGACUAUAUGAAGUCAUAGAAACUCCAACAGACAUAUAUGUUGUUAUGGAGUAUGUGAAAUCUGGAGAGCUCUUUGAUUACAUAGUUGAGAAGGGUAGGUUGCAGGAAGAUGAAGCUCGUAAUUUUUUUCAACAGAUAAUCUCUGGUGUGGAGUACUGUCACAGGAAUAUGGUGGUUCAUAGAGAUUUGAAGCCUGAGAAUUUACUUUUGGACUCCAAAUGUAAUGUCAAGAUUGCUGAUUUUGGCUUGAGCAACAUCAUGCGUGAUGGUCACUUUCUCAAGACCAGUUGUGGAAGCCCUAACUAUGCUGCUCCUGAGGUUAUCUCUGGGAAAUUGUAUGCUGGACCUGAAGUGGAUGUCUGGAGCUGUGGUGUAAUUUUAUAUGCUCUUCUUUGUGGCACUCUUCCUUUUGAUGAUGAAAACAUUCCAAACCUCUUCAAGAAAAUAAAGGGUGGGAUAUACACCCUUCCCAGUCAUCUAUCACCUGGUGCUAGGGAUUUGAUACCAGGGAUGCUUGUGGUUGAUCCUAUGAGGAGAAUGACCAUACCUGAGAUCCGUCAACACCCAUGGUUUCAAGCUCGACUUCCGCGUUAUUUAGCUGUGCCACCACCAGAUACAUUGCAACAAGCCAAAAAGAUUGAUGAGGAGAUCCUUCAAGAAGUGGUGAAGAUGGGAUUUGACAGGAAUCAAUUGGUUGAAUCUCUUCGGAACAGAAUACAAAAUGAGGGUACUGUGGCAUACUAUUUGUUAUUGGACAACCGAUUCCGUGUUUCAAGUGGCUAUCUUGGAGCUGAGUUUCAAGAGUCCAUGGAUUCCAGUUUUAACCAAAUGCAUCCCAGUGAAGUUGCUUCUUCAGUUGUUGGACACCGAUUUCCAGGCUAUAUGGAUUAUCCAGGUGUAGGGUCCAGGCCACAGUUCCCUGUCGAAAGAAAAUGGGCCCUUGGGCUUCAGUCUCGAGCCCAUCCUCGCGAAAUAAUGACUGAGGUCCUUAAAGCUUUGCAAGAAUUAAAUGUUUGUUGGAAGAAGAUUGGACAUUACAACAUGAAGUGCAGGUGGGUUGCUACCAUUCCUGGUCGUCACGAAGGAAUGGUUAACAAUAAUGUGCAUAGUAACCAUUAUUUUGGAGAUGAUUCCAACAUUAUUGAGAACGAUGCUGUUUCUACUUCAAACGUGGUCAAAUUUGAAGUGCAGCUUUACAAAACUCGGGAAGAAAAGUAUCUGCUUGAUCUUCAAAGGGUACAGGGUCCACAGUUUCUUUUCUUGGAUCUGUGUGCUGCUUUCCUUGCACAGCUUCGUGUCCUCUAG